AUGGUGAGUCCGCCCAAGAAGGACGCAAAGUCUUCGGCUAAGCAGCCCCAGAAAACACAGAAGAAGAAGGAGGGAUCCAGCGGCGGCAAAGCCAAAAAGAAGAAGUGGUCCAAAGGAAAAGUCCGCGACAAGUUAAACAACCAAGUGUUGUUUGACAAGCCAACAUAUGAAAAACUAUACAAGGAAGUGCCACAAUACAAGCUGAUCACUCCCGCUGUUGUCUCUGAAAGGUUGAAGGUCCGAGGUUCCCUUGCGAGGCGAGCUCUCAUCGAACUUAGAGAAAAAGGCUUAAUCAAGCAGGUCGUCCAACAUCACGGACAAGUUAUAUACACAAGAGCAACCAAGGGUGAUGAUCCCGUCGCCUAAGUUAUGAUUUAAGUAAAAAAUUUAAAAAAAACACAGUUUUUCAUUUUCCUCUACUCCAUGUUAAUGUUGUACAAAGUUAAAUAAGUUAUGAUUUAC